GUUUGUGUGUGCGGUAACGCGUGCGCGCAAAGGACGAGUUUCUUUCGUUACGGUGCUUCGUUCGAGAACUGACACGACACACUGCGAACGUCGUUGCGACAAGCAGCAACGGGACAGAAUCAUAUCUUACCUUCCCAACGUCCACGUCUUUCUUUUUUUACUUUUAUACAUACGUAACGCGUCGGCGAAACGGAGCCGCCAUAACCUAUUUUCGACGUAACGCGAGUCGGAGUGAGAAUUGCAUACUUAGCGCGAGUGACAGCUUGUUCUCGUUUUUUUUCUCGAGGAGUUACGACCCAUAAAAGGACAAAGGUGUGAUACAAGGAAAUAUUUGGUGCUCCUUGCAGGAAAGCUGAGUGUGGAUAAACGUCGAGGAUAUUCCGAGGGUGUUACGGAACUUGUGAUCUUCCACUGACGUCACUUGGUGCUUUCGUGCCUCAACGGAGGAACGAGAAUAGUGUGUUAACUGGCCUGACAGAGACACGCCUGCAAUGCCAUGGAACCGCAGGGGGUGCCACACUAAAGAAGCAAGAACCGCAAGGAACACUGCAGCCGAUGACCUAAAGAGGGCGGUGCGCAGAUGUUUCAGGCGAGUCCGCCAUCAUGACGUCGUGGAUCGCGUGGCAGAGGAUCGAUACAUGAGCCACAGCCUCGGAGAACCAACAAUCCUCCUCGGAGCCGAAAUCUUCGAAGGCGAGAUAAACACGCGGGAGGAAGAGGAAUGGUCCCUUGGGCCUUCGGCGUGCCUCUCGUCCUUGUUUCUGCUCUGGGUCUUCUUCUCAACGGUUACGUUCUACUCGUCGUUCUUGGAUUGAGCAAACAGACGCAGCAGCAACAGACCGCAAAUACUUUAUUGUUGAUACACUUGGGCGCUGUGGAGGCAGCUGUGUGUCUGAUAUUACUGAUCUUUACUACUGGUUCCUGGCCAAUCGCCGGCACCUGGUGCGUUCUUCACGGCUUCCUUUUGGCUCUUUUACAUCCGGUCGCUCUUUGGACUGUUACUGGAUUAAAUUGUGACAGGUAUUACGCGAUCGCUGCACCGCUGCAUUACGCUGCAUUGGUCUCGCCAAGACGCGUUGCAGUUGGAUUGGCUGCAUCUUGGACAGGCGCCCUGUUUUUGUGCGUGUUGCCUUUCUGGGGCCUCGUACCACCUUACAGAUACAGUCCAGGACUAGGUUGCUGCGCCCCGGAUUUCGGCAACGAUUCCUGGGGUUUAGCGGCCGUUCUCUACGGGGCAGUUUACGCGAUCCUGGGGCUGGCAUUGCCCGCCGUUCUGGUGACCGUGUGCAAUUUGCGAGUGCUCGGCAUAGCCCGUUAUCACCGUCACCGCAUCGCGAGCGCAAUUUACGAAGUCACCUUGAGCGCCCAGGUGACCAUCACCCAUCAGCGGAACCCAUUUUUCGUACCGACUGUCACGGCACCUUCUGCUGUCAGCCCGCCACGCUUCCACAGCGCGGCCAGCACGGUAAUGCAACUGGUCGGUUCGUUGUAUUUGCUUUAUUUCCCGUACUGUGGUCUGAUUCUUUGGGAGGUUUGCGGUGUCGGGAAUCAACCGCAUUUCUACGAUCAUCCAAAACUGGCCUCGUUGGCCUCUCUUUUGCUGGCUUGUUCUCCGCCCAUCAACGGGCUUCUAUACGGCUUGAAAUCGCAGACUCUGAGGAGAUCCGUGCAGAAUUAUUGGCGGAAAAAGGCGACCAAGUCGGAGCUUCAACACGAGAUCCAAGCAAGGACACCGAGCGCCGCCGGAUCGAGAAGGCCUUCCGGAAGUGGCACAGGUUCCUUCUUCCCGUUCCCGCCAUUACAACGAAGACUCAGCGAGGCGCUAUUGGCAUUGGGUUCCUGCAGAACCGGAAACAGUUUCGACAGUAACAACCUCGGUUUCCAUCGAGGAAGACUACAGCCUGCCGCCUCGUGCAAUACUCUCCGAGUACCGACUUCCGAAUCGGGUGAAAGUAGCAAAUUGGUGAGGUCGAGCGCGAGCGCAGCCAGUCUGAUGGGUCCACAUUACAGAAGCGAUUUUAUCGGCACUGACGCGAGCACCGGAUGUUCGAUAGCCAUGAACGAAACACCAAGGAGAAGCCCAAGGAUCCUCAUAACGCGAGCGUGCAGCGAGGAGAGCCAAGACGGAGGAAGUCCGUUGCUGAGGAAACCGUUUCUCGCAAACGCUCUUCCAUGCGAUAAACGGAGAUGGCGACAUUGCAGUACCGGAAGCGAUAGCAGUACCGGAAGCAGCGAGGCGAGCGUAUGGACUACGGGCGUUGCUCAAAAACUUGCCAAGGCGAAUGCGAAACACGCGUCGGAUAUGUGGCCAGCGUCGCGAAGAUUCGCGCGUGGAAAAAAUUUAGAGGAAGGAGCAGUUUUGGUGAAUGCUAGACCCAGCAAUAACAGCGAAAGCAGUGAUACUACGGACACUACGGCCACUACUACCACCACGACAAUGCCUACGAAACCUCUUUCCCUGGAGAACGGGUGUUACCGAGAGAAGCAGAAAGAAGAAAUGAACGGCAGGAAGAAAGAAAGGGAGCGUAGCGAGAGCGACAACAGUUGGAGCAGCGUGGACGAGAUCGAGUCGAAGGAAAUGGCGGAGAAAUGCAUGGAGGAGGAUAAUCCCGAGAACAUCGAGGAGGAGGCAGAAGAAGAAAAGUGCAAGCAAUUGAGGCGGAAAUCGAAAACGAUUCGCAAGGCGGACGUUCCUCAGGAUUGCAAGGAGACCGCGCAACGCAGGCCACUUCUCACCUCGUCAUCCUAAGUUCGAUCGAUGGACUCGUUCUUUUUUCCCGCGUUCUAAUUUAUUCCUUUCGCUCCGUUAUAAUUUACGUGAUCGAGACGAAGAACGUGGUCCGGAUGGACUUUCAGAUCCUCGGAAGACGAAAGUGUCCCACUAUGCUCGAUAUCAUUUACAACGUAUCGACAUAUCCUGAAAUUAUAUUUUUAUACUUCCACUCAACCACGAUGCAGCGUUAACGAGAGAACCGCAGCGGCCACGAGAAGCUGAUUUAAUACACCACGAGCAGGUUAAUCUCGGCGAAAAACUUGCUCCGAGAAAGUCCAUGGAAAGUUGAUCGGCCAAUCAUCCUUGUACGAGCCAAGUCCAAGGAAAAGUUCAGAAAAGCUCGUCAUAAUUUUCUUCGAUGACCGGAAGUUUGCCCACCAAUUUCUCCACAAAGGGACAAAGCUCAACUAAGUUCUCGGUAACUGAAAGCGCGACAUGGAAUUCGAAAAUUAUUGUUGGCACUUUGUGUCCGUUCGAAGUUUCGUACGAUUUUAUAAUUUCAUACCCGAACAAUACUUUCCCGCUUUGCUGAUGUUCCUAAUUAAGACUCGUGGAUCAUAGAGAUUUAACGAUAGUGUUCCAAGUUUUUGUUUACAAAAAUUACGUUUGGUCAAAUUCACGGGGAAUUUUCAAAUGUUCAAACGUAAUAAAUUAUUUAGCGUCAACGUGGAAAUGGGGUAUAACGGUUAUUGGCAUAAGGAUUAAAUAUUGACAGAAUCGAUUCUCUGUCCAUGGAAUGGAAUAUAGUAAAAUAACUUCCUUCGUGAAAUCUAGGGAAAAUUCUUGCUUCGGAAGAAAUAGCAGUACUUUUGUCGAAAGGGAUGUCAAAAAAAUGAAGUUGCAAAUACAAAUUCUUAAUCCUUUUCUUUAGAUUCAUUUCCUGAUAAAUAAAAAUUAAUUUUUAUUUCUUAAAAGUAAACAUUUGCAGUACUUUUGAUAAAAAGGUUAUCAAAAAAACGAAGUUGCAAAUACAAAUUCUUAAUCCUUUUCUUUAAAUUCAUUUCCUGAUAAACAAAAAUUAAUUUUUAUUUUUUAAAAAUAAACAUUUGCAGUACUUUUGAUAAAAAGGUUAUCAAAAAAACGAAGUUGCAAAUACAAAUUCUUAAUCCUUUUCUUUAAAUUCAUUUCCUGAUAAAUAAAAAUUAAUUUUUAUUUUUUAAAAGUACUUUGCAGUACUUUUGAUAAAGGUUAUCAAAAAAACGAA